CGGAAACCGUAUUGGUACGUCGUUGUUAUGAUUCCCCUCUGAGUCUUUUAUCCGAUGUCCAAUGUGCUCUAUUUUCUGAUUGUGAAGGAAGAUCAGAAUGGAUGAACUUGAUCACAUGCUGACCGACCCCCUAGACUCAGGGGAGGGCAGUGAUGGGCGCAUCACUGAAGAGUGCAUGUUGGGAAACUGUCAAGUGAGUCUUCCCGAAGACCUGCUUGAGGAUCCUGAAAUAUUCUUCUCUGUGCUGAGUGAAAGCACUUGGUCUGAAGUACUGACAGAUGACCAGAGGCAGCAUCUCCGUCAACUGUUACCACACUUUCAAGAAGACAACACUUGUGAGCAGGACAGCACCAUCAGCAAACUCUUCAACAAACAGAACUUCUGCUUCGGAAACCCCUUGCACCUUGCACAGAAACUGUUCCAAGAUGGCCAUUUCAAUCCAGAAGUGGUUAAGUACAGACAACUGUGUGCCAAGUCCCAGAAAAAACGCCAGCUGAACUCAUUGCAGCAGUACUACCACAAACUCCUUAAACAGAUCCUGGUCUCUAGAAAGGAACUGCUAGAGUUGGCUGUCCGCAGUGGCCCUGACAUUGCGGUGAACAGAAAGUAUCCCACCCAGACACAUGGUGAGGUGCAGGAACAGAGGGUCAGAGGAAGAGUGUGCCGGAUACUGAGGGAAGUUAAAACUGAGUGUGGAGACAGCAAUGCCUCAUCUGACGAUGAUGAUACAGCCUCUUGGCUGCCAACACCUCAAUCUCCUUCCUCUCCAACGCCCACAGUCUCUGUCAGGGUUUUGCCCAGUCUCUCCACCCAGGACAUGAAGACCACCGAUAAGCAAGAACUGGGAGAGAAGGACAUGAGAGCCAUGCUACGGAGACAUAGAGAGAAGAGGAGACGACAACCGGAUCAUCCAGACUUGAUGACUUCUGACAUCCGCCUGGGUGACAUGAUGUCUAGAGUGAACAUAGGUCGUAAAGGCUCCAUGAUGACACUGUUUGACCUGGCUCUGCCCAAGAGGAAGAUGAGGGAGGAGAGGAGAAAGAAGAAGAUGAGGACAAUUAAAGUGGAGUCUGAGGAUCCCUGUGAGGCUCUGAUGCCUUCAGAAGCCCCAGCUCCAUCAGUUAACAUCACAGCUGCUCUGCCUGAGACCCCAGUCACUCCACUGCCCAGUGUCAAGGAAGAGCCGAUGGAGGAGGUGCAGAACAGCCCUGUCAUGGUGGAGGAGAUCGCAGUGAGCUUCUUCAACCUGCUGGAGAACAUCCUAAAACUAGACGGCCUCGCCAGCACCACCAUGUUGGAGGAGAAGGUCCAACAGUGGCAGACAUCUCCAGCUAGUUCCCUGAACCCCUGGUUCUCCUCGGCCUCCUGCUGGUCAGAGAUGGUGCUGCCGGCCCUGCACUUCCUAGCUGGGGAGACUAAAGUCGGUAUGUUGGUUCUUCCCAGUGGCUUCACUCCCUAUGUGGCGUUCAGGGAAAACUCACAGCGAUGGAAAUGGAUUGGUCCCAGUCAGGAUGGAGAGAAGGAUUUGAGUGCUCUGUGUCAGCUAUGGGUCGACUCCAAGGACUUGGUUGUGGUCAAGACAGAAUGUGAAGAACUAACAGAGAUGACUUCUCCCACCCCUAGAGUCAGUUGGACUGACUUCGUGGUGCGGCCCAGCACAGGAGACGAGAGGCAUGUUUUCCAAGUGCAGGAGCAGCAGCGGUAUGACCAGCCACACAAAGCCUUCACCUUCAGAAUGCAUGGCUUUGAGUCUGUGGUGGGGCCUGUUAAGGGGGUCUUUGACAAGGAGAUGUCUCUCAACAAAGCCAGAGAACACACUCUGCUGCGCUCCGACCGCCCAGCUUAUGUCACCAUCCUCUCCUUGGUGCGGGACGCAGCAGCCCGGCUGCCCAACGGAGAGGGGACCAGAGCUGAGAUCUGUGAGCUGCUCAAGGACUCUCAAUUCCUGGCACCAGAUGUCACCAGUGCUCAGGUGAACACGGUUGUGAGUGGGGCUCUGGACAGGCUGCACUAUGAGAAGGACCCCUGUGUGAAGUAUGACAUCGGCCGCAAGCUGUGGAUCUACCUGCACCGUGACCGCGGUCAGGAGGAGUUUGAGAGGAUUCACCAGGCUCAAGCUGCUGCUGCCAAGGCCAGAAAGGCUCUGCAGCAGAAACCUAAACCUGCGUCUAAGCCUAAGUCUGGAAGUAAGGAGGGGGGUGGUAAGACCCCUGGAGGCCUGGAAGCAAGUGAUGUGGGGGGUCCCAUGUCUCCAACUCCGACCACCCCCACUACCAGCACGCCUGGAACCCCCAAAUCACCCCUCGCCCCUGUAGCCACAACCCCCACCAAAGCUGGGAUCCCAGAUUCAGUCAAGACCAGUCCUGGUGUUCUAUUGGUGUCUCCUCCCCCCAUGCCCCAGCUGGGGACCCUGUUGUCCAGCAGCCAGUCUGGCCCCCAGGUCUCUCAGCCAGCUACCUCCCAACACACAGCCAGGGUAGUGGGCCACCAGUCAGGCACUCUCCCACAGGUACGAGUGGUUUCUUCCCAGACAGCAGGAGGACAGCAUGCCACGCUGGUGCACCAAACCCCUCAUCAAAUCAGAGUGCCAGUCACCAUGGGAACCAAGGGCAUCACACAGGCUGUGGUGUCAUUACCACUGAGGACCCAGUCUGCUGGUAGCCCCAUCCAGGUGCAGGCAUCCAGAGGGCAAACAACCCUGUCAGUGUCAGGCCUGACCACUGCUGUUACUGUACUCAAACCUCAGACUGCAUCCCCUGGCGGCCCAGCACACAACCCUACCUCCCCCGCUGUCCGACAGGGAGUCACCAGCCAGAACAUCAUCAAACAGGUGGCUAUCACAGGCCAGUUGGGUAUAAAGUCUCAAGGUAGACCGGGUCUUCCAAUAACGACUACCAAUCUGCGCAUCCAGGGCAAGGAUGUGCUCCGCCUGCCCCCCUCCUCCAUCACCACAGACUCUAAAGGACAGACGGUGCUGCGGAUCACUCCUGACAUGAUGGCCACCCUAACUAAGUCCCCUCUCACCACCGUCAAACUCACCCCCGACAUGUUAGGCACUGCCACUACUAAGAGCAUAUCUGCUACUCUCCAUGUAGCCCCACCCCACUCCACCUCUAGCCCAGCCUCCUCCUCGGGUGAAGUCCGGACCAGCAAGGCCUCUGCUGGCACCACCACCCUGUUGAAGGCUGCAGGGGACACUAUCCGCCUGAUGCCCACCCUAGCAGUCACUAUGGCCGAGCAGAAGACCAGAACCUUCUCCACCGUCUCCUCGUCUGACUCGAAGAGUGGCACCACCAUACGGAUCAUGCCCGGCCUCGGGGUCAUCCCACAGAAACAGGGUCAAACCAUCACCAUGACAACCACCACUGGCAGCAAACCAGUCUCCACUGGAGCCGCCACUGUCACCAUAGCCACCAGCGGACUGGCCGGAGCUAAAGGGGUGACGGUGGGCUCUUCUGCCUCAGGCUCCCUGACUCUGGGAACAGCCACAGCUACUGUCCGCCAGGUCCCCGUCACAGCCACAGUGGUGUCCACACAACCAGGGAAGUUACCAGCUCGGUUCACAGUGCCUCUGUCUGUCCUCAGCCAACCACUGAAAAGUAAGAGUGUGAUGACCACGCCCAUACUGAAAGGAAACCUCAGUACCAAUAUCAGCAGUCUCGGCAGGAACAUCAUCCUCACCACCAUGCCUGCCGGUACCAAGCUGAUAGCUGGGAACAAGCCAGUCAGCUUUGUCACGGCUCAACAGUUACAGCAGCUGCAGCAGCAGGGACAGGCCACACAGGUGCGGAUCCAGACGGUGCCAGCCCAGCAGCUCCAGCAGCGCUCCGCAGCAGGCUCCCCCAAGUCAAUGUCCACUGUCGUAGUCACCACCGCACCCUCACCCAAACGGGCCCCGGACCCGCCACCACCAGCACAGUGAUGCGUAUUCCCUAAGCCAGCUACUGCUCUGUGCAGUGCCACCUCUCCAGAGGCAGGUGAUGCUUAGGAGCCAUAGCCCAACUCUGCUCUCUCAAUGUUUAGGACGGAUGUCUGGAGAUGAACACACGAGUAAUCUGGCAGCAGAUGAACAUCCCAGGACAGCAUAUCACUAGACCAUUUAUAGACAGUGGUUUCACCUGACAUGUCUGUUGUGCAAGGCUAAGUUUCAGCAACACUAAUGAAAUAGCCUGCAAUUAGGGAGUAAACGUUAUUUAUGAUAAGAGUUACAUGGAGAAAAUUGGACCACUUUGAAAUGAAAAUGUAUGGCCCUCCCUUCAGCAAAAUAUAUUUGACCUAAACCCUCCCUGAACACACAAUAAUAAUAAACCUAAGUGGAUAGCAGAGUACGUCUAGCGUUUAGCCUCACUUCUGGGACAGACCAGAGCCUUACAUGUGCAGUUUUACAAACUGUUCUUCGUCCUGUAAGCAUUACAUGGCAACAAAUGAGACUUUUGAUGGCUGAGGCUAGAAGGUUGUGGGUUCGCAGACCAAUGUGAACAAGAGUAGGGGUAGAAUGAUCUCCUUUAUAGUAAAAGCAUUGCAUGAAUCUAUUAUCAUGUCAUGCAGUUCUACGUAAUUUUACAUAUUAUAAUAUUUUUUUAAUGCUGCACAAAUGACCAAACGAAGGGACGGAGAGAGAGGCUGUAUCUGUUCAUCUUGUCAUAUUUCUCUUGUCUUGUUUGCAACAACACGGGCCCUGUUUGCAAAUAAUUAAAUCUGAGAUGUCAUUAUGAAUCUGAACAUGGUACUUUCAAAAGUUAGGCCUACCUUUCCACCCCAGACAGAGUAGGCCUAACUUUCCACCCCAGACAGAGUAGGCCUAACUUUCCACCCCAGACAGAGUAGGCCUACUGACACAGAAAGCUUUAACUGCUGGCUACUCUUCCUCCAUGGCUUAACCCAACGAGAGAAGGUCGUAAGAGUUUCCCUAGAAGCUGUCUGAGUUUAAACAGAUUUUAUUGUACAGAAAGUGAAUAGCUCAAUCAAUUGAUAGUGACAGAAUUAGAUUGCUUCCCAAGCAAAGUCAUUUUUUUGUCUUCUCGGAUAUAAGAGGUUGUAGAUCAGCCUCUCAAUGUCAAAGAAACGAAACAAUGAUAUCCCCAAUGAUACAGAUUGUUUCUAGCAUACAGAAUCGCGGACGAAAGCGAUUUUAUAGAUCACCCUAUAUAAUCGGAUCCAUUCUAUUUUCUUCAAAAUCUUAAGAUAACAAGGGGUAGGGCUGUGCUUUUUGCCAUUCUCUUUAGUAAAAAGUAGGCAUAUGACAUAACAUAGCAGCCUAAUUUCUUCUGUCAGACAGGUAGGCCUACCUCUUAUUUCGUAAAUAAUAAGAUACAGGCUCCAACACAAAGCCCUCUUGUUAUUAAAGUCUAAUAAAAAUGAAUAUGGUUCAAAUGAACUAUGCCUACUUUCAGCACCAUGAGCUGUUUCUGAUUGAUUGUGCCGUGGCUGCUGCUUCAAGUCUCAGCACCACAAUGUAAGUUGCUGGAACCUGGCUUAUUAUUUACCUCUGGUAAAUAGGCCUACAUAAUGGGAAAGAAACAUAUCAUUUUUAAUCAAAUCUAUUAUAAUAGCAAGCUAUCAAAGUUUACCUCCGAUCCUCCUCAUCUUCACGCUCUCCUUCUCAAACUGAACUGAACAGAACAUGGGCAAGAUAGUCCAUUUUUUGGACUAGGCCUAAUAAAAUAUUAUUUUUGGAAGAAGCUUUUGAGUCUCCUCCUGAACUACCAACAUAGGCCUACACAGCACAGCAUUGGUUAGGCAGUACACAAAAAAGGGUUUUGAUCAGCAAGAGCAGAGCAGGCCGGGGCUCAGGGUUGGAAUAUCCAUUGCAGUGUGUAAUGCAGCCUAGUUUUAUUGACACCAUCCCGGCAGCUAUCUUAGAAAUAUAACUUUCUUCUGUGCUUGUCUGAGGAUGCACUUCGUAGCCUAUAGCAGGGAUCAUCAACUAGAUUCAGCCGCGGGACAAUAUUUUUCUGGAGCGGAUGGUCAGGUGGCCAGAACAUAAUUACAAAUCAUUUGUAGACUGCAAAUUGACCACAAGAAGCCCAAACGGAUAUAAUGUUUGACUAAAACAUAAUAAUUUCAAACCUUACUUACAUUUGUAUAUGAUCACGUGUCUAUUAUGCGUGGAAAUACUUGGGAACAGAUUUCUUAAAUUAAAACCACUUGGAGCUGAUUUCCUGGUGUCUUUACAGUCUUUUAUGUGGGACCAAAUAAAAUGUGGCCCGCGGGCCGCCAGCUGGAGAACCCUGGCCUAUAGGGUAUGGGUCAUUUGAUUGAGACCAUACUAAAUAGCUUAUAAGGGCACUCAAAUAGCAUUCCCAGUGGAGAAUCAUAGAUGAGGGGUGGCAUCGGGCACACAUCAAACAUCGGCACACAUCUCCUUAUAAGCAACUAAUUCUAAAACACUGAGAAAUAUAGAAAUUUCAUCAAUUACAAAUUAUGAUGCUCCCCUGGACUAGAUAGAAAAAAAUACUAAACACUCCUCUUGAAUAAAAUUGACUAAGCAUGACCCUCCUUCAUUUUCCUCCAGGCACCCAUUUAUGUCCAUUUCAAUCCAUCCUUACUGUAAGCUUUCUUACAGUAGGUGUCAGGCAAGGCUCGGUCAACAGCUUGUACAUGUCACUAUGCAAACUAGACUGAAACUAGCCUAGUUUUUACUAAUGGUAAACAGACAAAGUGUAUUUUCACCUUACUCAUUGAUCUUUAUAAACAAAUUCAAAUUGAUUGCUAUUUAUUUCUAUCCAAUUUAAAGCCAGAAUGGUAUGAUGUCUUAUCCAGUAAGCAGAUACAUUGUUCUAGGUAUCCUUCAUCUUUAUGUCUAUGGAGGGCCUUAUCAUUGCAAUUACUGACGAUUUGAAUGCAAAUUUGUGGUUCCAUCUUUAAGACAUGGUAUAAAAAUAUGAUCGCAGUGUAACCUCUCUUGACAUCCUUGUCAGUGAUUUGUCGUUGUUCAUUUCAUGAUGAUUCUGGUUGUAAUAUAGUGUUCUUUUUUUUCUGUGGUUGUGAAAGUAUUUCAUACCUAAAAAAUAAAUAACUACAGUACAAUGAA